CCGAACCCUCCCUGCACGCGAGCCUCCCGGGGUGUGCGGACAGCCCCCACCAACUGCCCAUGUGGCCGACAGUAUCUGUGCCCCCAGCCCGCCUGCGCCCGCCGUCCGUCCGAGCGCCACCCUUCCUGCGUGACCCAGGGGCUGCCCUGAUGGACCCGGCCCUCUUGCAGAUCCGUUUUUCUGUGUGUUGCCCUCCGUUUCUCCUGGUCUCCGCGCGGAUGCUCUUUGAUUAUGCUUCUCAGCGCGUCCCCCAUUGCUCACACUUGCCCUGGCCUCUCAAGAAAACACCAUGAAAGAUACUGAUAUCAAGAGACUACUGUAUACCCAUCUUUUAUGCAUAUUUUCAAUUAUCCUAAGCAUCUUCAUUCCAUCAUUCUUCUUGGAGAACUUCUCAAUAUUGGAAACACACUUGACAUGGUUGUGCAUCUGUUCUGUUUUUGUAACUGCCGUCAAUCUAGUAUUAUAUUUAGUAGUGAAACCAAAUGCAUCCUCUAAAAGAAGUUCAUUAUCAUACAAGGUAGUGAGGUUUUUGAAAUGCUGUAUCUACUUUCUUAUGUCAUGUUUCUUCUUUCAUGUCAUUUUUGUUCUAUAUGGAGCACCACUCAUAGAGUUGGUGUUGGAAACAUUUUUAUUUGCAGUUACUUUGUCAACCUUUACUACUGUACCUUGUUUGUGUUUGUUAGGGCCAAACAUCAAAGCAUGGCUAAGAGUUUUCAGUAGAAAUGGAGUUACAUCCAUUUGGGAGAACAGUCUUCAGAUCACUACAAUUUCUAGCUUUAUAGGAACAUGGCUUGGAGCCUUUCCUAUUCCACUCGAUUGGGAGAGACCAUGGCAGGUAUGGCCCAUCUCCUGUACGCUUGGAGCGACCUUUGGCUACGUGGCUGGCCUUGUGAUUUCACCACUCUGGAUAUACUGGAAUAGAAAGCAACUUACAUACAAGAACAAUUAAUUGGAGCAAAGGGAGAAGAUAUUUCUUUGUGCAGAUUCCAUAAAGACUGUGCAGAAAUGUUUAUGGUCUAAGCCAGGCAGUUCCAUUUACAGCACUGUUUUUUUAUGUAGUUACAACAUGGUGUGAUUGUAGCUUUUUAAACUAUGAAACCCCUGAGAGAUUGUACCUUCUAGUUGAAAUAAAGUAUUUAUAAUAGA